AUGCAAUCCAACAUUGCCCCAGAAGGUAUGGUUGUGACGCCUCAUCACUUAGCAACUCAGAGCGCUCUUGCAAUUCUCAAAGAAGGUGGAACUGCUAUGGAAGCUAUGGUUUCUGCUGCAGCCACAAUAGCAGUGAUCUAUCCCCAUAUGAAUAGCAUUGGUGGGGACGGGUAUUGGCUUAUCAUACCUCCUCACGAAGAACCUUUUGUUAUUGAGGCCUGCGGUACUCUUGGGUCAUUAGCUACACCAGAAUUCUUUUCGGGUUUAGAUAAAAUACCUUACAGAGGCGCUAAAUCUGCCAUAACAGUAUCGGGAACCGUAGGAGGCUGGGAAGAAGCUUUGAAAUAUGUUUCUGAAUGUGGAUAUCAAAGAAUCUCUAUUUCUAAAUUAUUAGCCGACUCUAUAAGGUACGCUGAAGAUGGUUAUCCAAUGACUAAUUGCAAUCAUCAAAAUUUCAAGAAAUUUCAAAGUACAGCGAAUGUCUCAAAAGAGUUUUCAGAUGUAUUUUUUCCAGGCGGAAGAAUACCGGAUGUUGGAGAAAGGGUUUAUCAAAAGCAACUCGCUGAAACUCUGAAGUUACUAGCUGGAAAUGGUCUGAACAGUUACUAUAAUGGCGAGUUGGCAAAAUUGAUUGCCGAAGAUAUGGCAUCAUUAGGGUUGCCUAUCACGGGAUCAGAUCUUGAAAACUACUCUCCAGUUAGGAAAGUUCCGUUACGAUUAUUGCAUAAUUGCGGCGAGAUAUUCAACACUCCUCCACCGACACAAGGUCUAGUUUCGAUGGCUAUACUUGGAGUUUUAGAUAAGUUAGGAAUUGAUGGUCAAUAUGAGGGUCAAUUUAUUCACACUACAGUUGAAGCAACAAAACAAGCUUUUCAGAUGCGCGAUCACUACAUAACUGACCCUUGCUAUAUGCGCGUUGAUCCUAAAUCAUUGAUAUCACAACAAAUGUUGCUUAAAAUUGCAAAAAAGGUUAAUUUGGAUCAUGCUUCGAGCGUUGGACAAGGGAAAGGUCCUGGAGAUACAGUUUGGAUGGGAGCAAUGGAUAAUAAAGGGUUUUCAGUAUCCUUUAUUCAAAGUAUUUAUCACAACUGUGGAAGCGGUAUGGUUCUGCCGAAAACAGGUAUAUUGUGGCACAACAGGGGUGUAUCUUUUACUUUAGAAAAGGAUCAUAUAUUGUCUAUAAAACCUGGAAAGAAACCUUUUCAUACUUUGAAUCCUGCUGCAGCGCGUUUACAAGAUGGACGUAUUCUAAUUUAUGGCACUAGAGGCGGUGAUGGUCAAUCUCAAACUCAAGCAGCUAUCUUUCAUAGAUAUGUGGUUCAGGGUAUCGAUUUACAAACCUCUAUAACGGCACCUAGAUGGGUCUAUGGCAGAAUUUCUGGAGAGACUGAUGAUACUUUAAAAUUGGAAUCCCGGUUUAGUGCAGAAACUAUAAACUAUUUGAGGGACAGAGGUCACAAGAUCGUGAUGUUGCCAGAUUAUAGUGAAAGCGUUGGUCAAGCAGGGGCACUGGUUAGACAUCCCAAUGGUAUGAUGGAGGGUGCCUUCGAUAUCAGAAGUAAUGGCAGUGCUGCAGGUUUUUAA